GGACGAAAUUCCCGCCAUUGUUGAUCACCAAGGAGUAUUGCGCGAUGUCCGGCAUCUCGGAAGACGACUUCGACCUCGAGAGCGACGAGGACUUUGAGCCGGCGUCCCCACCGCCUCCAAUUAAAAACGUCACGCGGACUCCUGCUUCCAAGAAGCGCUUGAAAAAGGAUGAGAGUGACGAGUAUGACUCAGAGGAUAGUGAACUCGAACCAGUGAAAAAGACUCCAAAAGCAACCCCAAAGUCGACACCCAAGGUGAAAGCACAGGUUGAGUCACCCAAGAAAGUAGAGAGCAAAGUCAAGGAAGCCAAAGCCAAGGACAUUAAACCAAAGGAGAUGGCGAACUCGACUGCCGGCAAGGAUGACAAGCCGAAAGAGAUCUUAAACCAGACCCAAGCAAGCGAGGAAGUUGCCAAGUACAUGCGUCAGACGAAUCGUCCGUACAGUGUGCUCAACGUGUUUGAAAAUCUGCAUCGGCGAAUUGGGAAGACGAUGCUGCAGAAGAUCUUGGACGUCCUGGUGGAAAAGGGAGAAAUCAAUGUCAAAACGUAUGGGAAAAGUCAGAUUUACUACUACAACCAGGCAAAACUUCCCCGCCCAUCGCCCGAGGCGUUGGCCCACAUAGAAGACCAAAUAACGGCCGCGUCAGACGAAGUCGCUUCGCUAGAAAAAGAGCUCAAAGACCACGAAGCCAUCCUGCAUGGCCUCAAUUCGCAAUUGUCGGACGCUGAGCUGAGCGUCACGCUCGAGUCGCUGGAAGCACAGGUAUGGUGCUGAGAUGCGCACGCGGCGAAUGAGUGCACUUGUGUUGUUAGAACGCGACGCUUCAAGCAAAGCUGCAAGAAAUGGACAAGAGGCCAUCUGUCGUGGUCGACCCAGGGGCCAAAGCAGCUCUGACCAAAUCCUUUACAAAGUACCGGGUACUGUGUACGACGCUCCGUUUGGCAAGCAAUAAAGCUGGGAAUGGGCUGUCUAGACGGAGUGGGUCAAGCGUAAGCGCAUCGUCAUGGAUGCUAUUGAUCAAAUUGCCGAUGGCAUGGAGAAGAAGCGCAAAGACGUAUUGGACUUAUGCGGCGUCGAGACGGACGAGAGUGUUGGAAUCAAGGAGAUUCCAGUUCUCCAUUAGGAAGGAUGAAGCAUUGAAACUGUAAAGAGCUUUUU